AUGGGUUUCGAGGCCAGCGUAGCGAAGAGGAGCAUCAGGGAGGUCGAGCGCAGCUUUGCCGAGAUGUCGCUAGCCUACGACCGGUUCUUGAAGGCGGGCAACCUGUACUCGGGAUACGACCCGGUCUCCAGCACCGAGGUCUUCUACCAGAACAUCGACGACUCGCGCCUCGUGUACGUGCCGCCGGUGCUGGAACAGCCGCGGAUUCGGGACGAGGUGCUGGUCACGCGGGGACCGGACAAGGGCAAGAUCGGGCAGGUCAUCUGGUUGGGCAAGAACGGCCCGGGCAACCCGGAUCCCGACCGGGUGUCCACCGCCGUCGUGAAGAUGGAUCCCAACCCGAGCCUCGGCUCACGACGACGCGCGCGGCAAGAUCCGGGAGGU